AUGCGAGCGACUAGUUCAGCCCAGGGCUCUCGGGGCUCUCAGGGCACUCAUGACCCCUUGGCUCGUGAGAUCAUGAUCAAUUCAGUUGACACCUACGACAUCCGUCUGGCAACUCCUACUUCCUGCGAUAAGUACCCAGCUAAGCAUCACGCGCGCAAUGUUGCCCGAAAGCUUAAGGCUUCAAGUGGCUUGGUUUUCCUCUCUGGGCAGCCGACAAUCAACCUACGCGACUCGGACCAGUCGCGCCCCUUCCGGCAACGACGAUACUUCUACUACUUGAGUGGAGUCAACGAGCCCGACUGUUCGCUAACAUACGAUAUUGAACGAGACCUGUUGACCCUUUAUGUCCCUGACUUUGAUCUCCAUCGGGCUAUCUGGAUGGGACCGACCCUCUCAAGGGAGGAUGCAUUGGAUCAAUAUGAUGUGGACCGAGUACACUAUCAAACUGCGCUGAAAGAAGGACUCCAGACAUGGCUGGAUGAGCGCAAGGAGGGCAGCAAAUUGUAUCUUGUCCAUCAGUCGGAGAAGCCGGAUCACCUUCCUGCUGAUGCGCCUCUCGAGUUGGAGAAGCUCAUGCCUGCGAUGGAUGCGGCCAGAGGUAUUAAGGAUGAAUAUGAAAUCCGAAUGAUUCGCCAAGCGAACAAGGUCUCGGGCCUUGCACACCGCGAAAUUCUUGAACGCAUCCAGACUUUUUCCAAUGAGUCGGAAAUCGAAGGGUCGUUCCUAGAUACCUGCGUCUCAAACGGCGCCCGCAAUCAGGCGUACCAGAUCAUCGCCGCAUCAGGGCCCAACGCGGCAGUCCUGCACUACGACCGGAAUAAUGAAUCCCUCCACAAUAAGCCUCUUGUCUGCCUUGAUGCUGGUGCGGAGUGGAACUGCUAUGCCAGUGAUGUGACGCGGACUUUCCCUCUUUCUGGCGAAUGGCCCAGCGACUACGCUCGGGAUAUCUAUAAGCUCGUAGAGCGGAUGCAGGAAGAGUGCAUCCGGGGAAUGCGCAAAGGAGUCCGCUAUCUAUCUCUCCACAAUCUAGCCCAUGACAUCGCUAUUGACGGACUCCUGGCGCUUGGUGUGCUCAAGAACGGCACAACCCUUGAGAUCCGCCAGUCUGGUGCUUCUAAGGUCUUCCUCCCUCAUGGACUAGGACACCACGUUGGGUUGGAGGUCCACGAUGUCUCCGAGACAUCAAUCAUGACGUUUGGUCGGACCCGCCCGCACUGGGCCACUACCUGCCUUUCGCCUUGCACUGCCUCUGCACCGGUAUUGGAAGAAGGCAUGGUUGUCACCGUUGAACCAGGACUGUACUUCUCGCCUCUGGCUCUUGCCGAUGCGCGCAAUCAACCCUAUGCCCGCUUCAUAGAUUUCGACAUUGCAGAUAAAUAUGUACACAUUGGUGGGGUGCGUAUUGAGGAUGAUAUCCUUGUGACGGCUACUGGCUAUGAGAACCUCACUACAGCGCCCAAGGGUGAAGAAAUGCUUGCCAUUAUUCGAGGGGAAUAG